AUGCCGCUGAGGGAAGCUUCGAGGAAGGUGGCGGAGCUCGGGCGAGCAAUGAAGGGUCUAUGGAAGGGGAGGAAAGAUGACGUCAGCGGUACUGGAACGGGAACAGCAGCGGAUGGUGCUGGUGCGGGCAAGUCGAGCAGCAGCCUACCCUCUCUUUCGCAGUGGCCUGAUUCAGAGGAGAGGCAGCUAGCAGCAGCCUUAGCUAGCGGGAAACGAGCCACGCUUAUCCAGUUUUACGCCCGCCGCUGCCGCCUCUGCCGGUCGCUCAGCCAGCUCACCGCUGAGCUGGCACGACGCAACGCUGACUGGCUCAACGUGGUCCCUGCUGACGUGGAGAACAGCCGAUGGUUGCCCGAGGUGGGGCAUUACAGCAUCAAGUACGUGCCGUGCUACGUGCUGCUGGACGGGCGGGGGAGAGCGCUGGCCAAGACAGGCGAGCCGUACAGCCGCAAGCACGUGGUGAAGGGGCUGGCUUACCUGGUGGAGAGCAUGCGCCCCUACCGCAGGCGGGCUUCAGAGGGACAGUGGCGCGCCGUUGCGAUCUUAUCGCCAUUGCUGAAGCAAUUUCUUACAUACUCCCAAGCGGCAUUGCGGACGGUUCCUUCCUCUCCACCUCCCGAUAUCGCGGACCGUACGGUGCAGUUAAGCUUCGUGUAUUUCCAUCGCUUCGCAGAACGAACGACCUGCGACGAACGACCUGCGACGAACGAAUCUCCGAGUUCGCGGAAAGCACGGUUCAUCAAACCCGUCGCCAUGUUCUCGUGGAUCGCGUCGAAACCGGCGGCGAAGGAGGAACCGCCCGCUCCUAAGAGCUUCGACCCGCUAAAGGGGUUGGGAGGAGCCGUCGCAUACUACAAGGGUGCCGACUCGCAGGCCGCCGAUGCUGCUGCGUCAGGCAAGCUGAUCGGCUCCGCUGCUGCUUUCUACGCCAACGUUGCUCGCGAGCGCCUGCUAGAAGCAGCUGACGCGGCUGUGCCCGCGGGUUCGAAUCCAGCUGCUGGCAAUAAUUCGGGGGAAAGAGCAGCUGCCGAAAUUUGCCCUGGUGUGGGCGAAAUCAACGAGUUUCUGCGACGUGGGCGACGCUGCAUUGACUCUGUGGCGCCGUCGCUGGCUGGUGCGGGUGAAGGCAAGGCGGAGGGCGGUUCCGUGCCUGCGCCGGAGCUGGACUUGAGGUUCGGGAGCGCGUCUGAGGAGCCGGUUCGGUGGCUGUUCAAAGUGGUGAUUGGCAGCGAGCACGCGGACCUGGACGCGAUCGUCUCAGCCAUCGUCUACUCCUUCUUCCUGGACCAUUCAGAGCCGCCCAGCGCGCGGGCGGCGGGGCUUUGUCUGUUUCCGCUGGUGCACACGAGCCGAGCGGACUUUCACCUCCGCACCGACGCGGCAUGGCUGCUGCAAGCCAUGGGCGUGGACACACAGGCGCUCCUCUUCCUGGACGAGGUUGAUCUGCGCAAGCUGCAUGGAGAGGGGCGGCUGCAAGUGGUGCUGUACGGCCACAACAAGAUGCCUGCUACUAUCGAGGGCAUGGAGAAAGCUGUUGCGGAAAUCAUUCCCCGGGAAACAGGAUCGGUCAUCUCACAUCCCAUCUUCCCGCGAACCGCAGAAGAGGGCAGCAGCUGUGCUACCAUGCUGGCUCGGCGCCUAUCAGAGGAAGCCCCUCACCUCCUCCUCAAUACCGCUCUUGCACGCCUGCUGCUCGCAGCCAUUCUCACAUGCACCAACAAUCUAGAUCCCGGGCAGAGCAGCGAGGUGGAUGCCAGCAUGGCGGCAUUCCUGGCCGUUGGAUCGAGGUGCCUCGGGCGGAACGUUUUUUACGAGAUAUUGCGUGACAAGAAAUACAACCAGGCGUCGCUCACUACUGAGGAACUCCUUAGAGCGGAUAUAGUGCAGCAUGCCAUGGGCCCCGGCGUGCGUGGAAAGAAAGGAGGCGAGGUGUUGAACGUCGCGAUAUCGAAUGUGGGAAGCUCCACCUCCCAGCUGGUGAACAAGGAUGCCAAGUUCGAGGAGAUUCUGAAGCAGUUCCUCUCCACGCGCUCGCUGCACCUCCUGGUCAUCCUCUCUACAUACUACUCCGAAACCAGCAAGCGUUUUAAGAGGGAGCUGGUGCUGGCAACCCCCCUCACCUCGCUCUCCUCAGGCCUCUCCUUCUUCCUCCAGAAGGAGUCUCACGACCUGCGCCUGCGACCAGUCACCAUUCGAGGCAUGCCCACUUGGCUCAAGGCGUUCACGCUUGUAUUCAUCAUGGCUGCGACCGUUGUAUCUGGAGCAAAGAAGCUAAAAGACGGCAGCCGUUGCGUGCUUUCGUCGACGUUAAAGCCCAUCGUUGAGUGCGAAGGCGGGCCAGCCACGUGUCUUGUAAUGAGAACUCCGAAGCCUGGGAAUCCAUACGGUCGCUACAAGGGAGUCUGCAACAGCACUUACGAAAAGGGUCUCUAUUGCGCGUUCAUGUCGCAGCCCUAUGCAGUGGGAACGCGCGGCAUCCCCGGCAGCAGCAGCUGCGAGCGCUGCAACUGCAAGGCGGUGCCGGUGGUGAUCCCGGGGGGGAAGGAGCUGGUGCGGAUGGAGGCGCAGUGCGUGUGCCCCGAGGUGCCGUGUCGGACUAAUUAUCGCGGAGCCAGCAUUCGCCGAUUCGAGUGCCCUCCUCUACAGCAAACGUGUCUGAUCAAUCGAGUGGGGCGUGGUGGUGUGGACAGUGAGGGGUACAGGAUUGAUGUUGGCACGUGCAUAGCGCCGCAAGACGCUUUCAGAGCCACCAACUGCAGCAGUGCCGGUCCCACAUGGGGAAUGAAGUGGUAUGCUCUCGGCACGACCAACAUUCCCAAGCCCGGUGAUUG